AUGCUAGCAAUUCCAGACAAACGGCAACCCGAGCAACAAAACUCGAGUAGUCUGUCCUCGUCCCCCCGCCAGUUUCCUACCGAUCUUUCUUCUCCCAUCGAAGAAGUCGACGAGUCAGAGAGCGAAUCGCCGAAUGAACCUGUGACCCCCAUCAGCAGUGGGAGACAGUCCCAGGAGUUUACCACCCGCCCCAGUCAAGACCAUCACGACACCAACCUCGCUACCGAGAGCCAGACCACCCAUCAAGUGCAGGCGACGCCGAAGCCUCUGUUGGUCAACACCGCACACACACCCGCGGUUCCGUCCACAAACACGUUGGCUGCGACGCCCAAGCCCGCCAACCCUCCAGCUCCAGCUGACCCUGUUGCUGACCAAGAACCGCCACUCACCCCACUGCAAAGACGGCCCACCCGAGGUUCUACAACCAGCUUUAAACGGACCAUGUCCAACAUCUUUCGCAGAUCCAACUCGUCCAUCAGGCCUGAUUUCGACUUCUUGGCCCAGGCCAACGACGCUUCCGAAAGUGCAGUGAUUGACUCGGCACCUGCUCAGAGCAGUAGCAGACGCUUCUCAAUGAACAGGUCAAGGAACACGACGAGGUCAAACACGCCUCCGUCGCCGGGCUCUCCUGUCGACACUGUGUCAAUCAUGUCUUCUCAGGAUGAAAUGAAGAAGAAGAACAGGGCCUCGACCGGCUUCACCAGCCUCCGCGGUCGGGCUGUUAACUUCGUCGGCGCCAAUGUCCCUGGACGAGAGAAGCACGCAGCCAAGAAGCCGAUUCCUCUGGGAAGGAGACGCGCCAGCAGCUUCGAAGGUCGUCUUGAAAGCCGUCACCUUGCGCCUGCAUUGGACAAUCAUUUCAAGAACCCCGUCCUGCCCAUGCAAGGCUCGUCUCCCUGGGCUCAAAUGCCUGAUGCUGGUGUCGGUGUCAAGGCUCGUCGCAUGAGCUUAAGUCUCCCCGAUGAUUUUCAAGUUGACGUCGCCGAGCUUCUGUCAGAGUUCGAAUACCAGCACAAGCUCCUUGGCCGUCAUGGCAAGCACCUUGGCAAGGGUGCCACCUCCAAGGUCACCAUGAUGUGCCGGAAGGGGUGCCCAAAUGAGCUCUACGCAGUCAAGGAGUUCAGAGCCAGGAGAAAGAAGGAGACGGAGGACGAGUACGUCAAGAAGAUCAAGUCGGAAUUCAGCAUCGCCAAGAGUUUGCACCAUCCCAACAUCGUUGAGACGGUUCGACUUUGCACUGAUCACGGCCGCUGGAACCACGUUAUGGAAUACUGCUCGGAGGGCGACCUCUACGGGCUAAUUGCCAAGCGCUAUUUGACCGACCCGGCAAGACAGAGCGAUCGACUCUGCUUGUUCAAGCAGCUCAUCCAGGGCGUCAACUACCUCCACAGCAACGGCAUUGCUCACCGCGACAUCAAGCUCGAGAACCUCCUCAUCACCAAGGACAGCAAGCUGAAGAUCACCGAUUUUGGUGUGUCAGAAGUCUUCACCGGCCAUCACCCCGGCUUCCGUGAAGCUGGUGGACAAUGCGGCAAGGGCAUGUGCGACGAGAUCCGGCUGUGCAAGCCCGGCAUGUGCGGCAGCGAGCCAUACACGGCGCCCGAGGUCAUUCUCAAGCAAGACGAGUACGAUCCUCGAGGUCUCGACGUGUGGAGCUCCGCAGUCGUGAUGAUUUACCUCACUUUUGGGGGCAACAUCUGGAAGCGGGCUGAUACCUCUCAUGAGGGCUACAGGCUGCUGCUCAAGGGAUGGGACAAGUGGGAGGCCAAGCAUCCUGAGCCCGAUGCUCGUAUGACGGAAACGGAUUACCCUCACUACCCGGCCUUCGACCUAAUGGUCUCUCCGCCUGCACUCCGUCGUGUGCUUCUCAUGAUGCUCAACCCCAACCCCGCAAAGCGUGCGUCCAUUUCAGAUAUUGCCAACCACCGCUGGGUCAAGAAUAUCGAAUGCUGCCAGCUCGAGAGCUACGACGACCCGGCCAACCUUAUCGACGCCACCAAGAAGGGUAGUGCUCAGCUUAACACUAAGAGGGUGUUCUGUCAUAACCACUUGCCACUUGAGAGCCACGGCCACUCACUUGGCAAAAUGCCGGGCCAAACGGGCUAUUGA